GGGAAUAAGAAUAAAGAAUGAGAGGGUUUGCUCCCAAGAAAGCGGGUUCACCCCUUCUCCAUUCGUCAAUCGUCAACCACACUUGUUCAUUUUCAUUUUCUCUCUUAAAUAACUUUCCCCAUUUUCACCUUCUUCAUUUUCAAGCAGGCGCUGUAAAUUUGUCUUUAUUAAUUUCAUUGUCAUUAGAGUCACGUGAUUAUUGUGGCUAUUUGUUUGUAUAUAGGUUUUGUGUCGAAUUGGUUUAUCCAAAGCCAAAAGGAGAAGGCGCUUCGCAUGGAGGUAGGGGAAGAGAAUACGAAUUGACACAUUGAGAGGAUAUGGCAGAUCUUUCCUUACCGUGGUCUUCAUUUGUUUAAAUCAUCGGUGAAUUUCAUUUUAUUUUCUGAAAUUGUCCCAAUUUGAAUGCAUUUUGAUUUAUGGAUUUGGAAUCUUCCGGUGAUUCGGUGAGUUGCGGCAAAUACUGUGAAGGUGAGUGUAAUUGCAACAUGGAAGGGGAUUGGCACCGUUCCGUGAAACGGAAACACGAUGGUUUGGAACAGGAUUGCCAAUUCCCCGUGGCACGGGUGGAAAUUGGGAGUGAAUGUAUUGCAUUACGGCAGGCUGUGAGUAGUCAACAGAAAGCUAUACAGAAUUUGUAUGCUGAAUUGGAAGAGGAGAGGAAUGCGGCUUCCUCGGCCGCGAAUGAGACAAUGUCAAUGAUAUUGAGGUUGCAAAGGGAAAAGGCUGAACUUCAAAUGGAAGCUCGUCAAUUCAAGCGGUUCGCGGAGGAGAGGACGUCGCACGAUCAGCAGGAGCUAUUAGCAUUGGAGGAUUUGUUGUACAAGAGAGAGCAGGCAAUUCAGUCACUCAUGUGUGAAGUUCAGGCUUAUAAGCACAGGUUGAUGAGUUUUGGCCUCAGUGAAUCAGAGGCAGAAAGGGAUCAGUAUGAAUUUCCCCCUUAUGAGUACCCUGCUUUGAGAUGUAAGGUAAUGCAUGCUUCUGUUGAUGGUGAUAAUGACGACAUAGACAUUGAGAAAUAUGUAUUUGGGGAAACUCCAAGGGAUCGUUUGAGGAACCUGGAAAGUAGGAUAUCUCAAAUGGAGAGAAGUCCCACUUAUAGCCAGAUGGAUGGGGAUUUUUCAGGGAAAAAUAUUCUAGAGAAGGUGAUAGUUGGACACUCUCCGAGACGAAAUAAACAUAACAGGAAAUUUUCCUGUGAUUCGUCUUCAUUAGGCCCUGAGUAUAUGAUGGAUUCUCCUAAGUUCACUGGUAGUGUUAGGAAGAUAGAUUAUAUCUCGCAAGCGGAGGACCUUUCCAAUUUGAAGAAAAUGGACAAUGCAUCAGAAGCUGGUGAUGAUAUGAUUGACAGAGUCUAUACAAUUGACUCUGAGUUCAAGGCUGGAGCUGGUGUUUAUGAUGAUUAUGCAGCCACUCCAAGGGAGUAUGUUAAUCAUGCAGAUUUUGAAGAUCCGUACAUAAAGAAGCUUUACAUGAGGCUUCAAGCACUUGAGGCUGAUAGGGAAUCAAUGAGGCAGGCAAUCAUUUCAAUGCGCACUGAUAAAGCACAGCUUGUUUUGCUGAAGGAAAUAGCUCAACAAUUGUGCAAAGAGAUGUCACAGCAGAAAAAAAUGACAGCAAGAUCUUUUAUUGGCAGCUUGUCCUUCUUGACUGUUUUUAAGUGGAUUGCAUCUAUUGUCUUCUGGAGAAGGAAAGCUCAUCAAAUCAAGUAUAUGUUUGGGCUACCAUCUGACAGCGUCGGCUUGCUGAUGCUGCUUGACAAGGGACCCCAUGUAGGGUCAUGGAGAUAUCUUCAAAAUACACAAGUGGGAGAUUAGUACUCAUGUUUAGCUUACAGGGCAGGCUCAUAUGUGGGAGCGCCAGCUGAAUCUCCAUCAUACUAUACGGUAUAUAUACAUAAUUUUUUGUCCUUUCUUUUUUCCCCUAGAUUUUUCUCGCCAAAGAAGUGGUGUUUUGAUGAGUGUUCUUUUGUUUCUUUUGUAUGAAAUUAAUUGUAAUUUGUUGAUUGAUUGGUUAAACUUGGAUAGUCCAAGACAUUUGAGCUCGUAUGGUUUGUUAAAGGGGAGCCGAGGUACAUGUCUUUGGACAGUCCUCUCCUGUAAAUGGCACAUUGAAAGUUUCCGCAUCAUGCAGUUUCUAUUCGCUUUUCAUAUUCAAUCAUAGGGAGUGGUAGCGUUGUUUGUGGAAACGCAGAUUCUGGUUGGAAUAUAUUAUCCGUAUAUUAUAGGACGCCCGGAUAUGGGC